CCCGACCAGGGGGGGUGGGGGGGGGGAGUUUGACCCGAGCCUCCUUCUCCUUCUGUUGCCCCCCGUCCAGCCGCCGGGCGACUCGAGACGGCAGCGUGAGGAAGGACGCCGAGGAGGUGGAGGGUUGGUGGUGGUGGUGGAGACUUUCUUCCUCUUCAGUUCAACGUUUCUCGGGAAGGAUCAGCUGUUGGCUGGUGGUUGGUGGCGGCGGUGGUUGGUGGUGGCGAGGCCACGGCUUUGGUGGUUUCCACUCCAUCGACCCACCCACCCACCCAUUACAAUUUUUUUUCUCAAUCCCAGAGUUAUCGUGGCAGGCACCGCUAUAUCGGCUCCCGAAAGUCCUUCACCUACCCGUAGAUUUUCCUCCACACCCCAUCAGGAUGGCGUGCGCAGUGGCCACCCCGGUGCUGGAGCCAAGCGGGGACUUCCCGGCGUGGCUGGAGGCGCAGGGCGUGAACGCGGAGGUGGCCCGGGCCAUGGACUCCGAGCUGGGCAUCCGGGACUACGGGGUCCUGCGCGCCUGCGUCGGGGACGGCCUCGUGCGGGCCGAGCUGCUGGCCACGGCGCGCGACCGCCUGCCCUUCGGCUUCUACGCCGUGCUGCGGCAGGUAGUGAAGGCCCUGCAGGGCGCCGAGCACCACGACGCCGGGACGCCGCGCUGGGACGACGCCGCUUCCUCCCCUGGUGACGUGACCCUGGGAGGCCUGGUGGAGGUGCUGCUCGCGCUGUUCAGCGGCUUGAGCCGGGAGCUGCUGUUGUCCGUGCAGAGGCUGGGGGCCAUGGAUGGCGCCGGUACAUAUGUUGAGCCCUCCAGUCCACCUGGGGAGGAAGUUCAACACCAGGAUGACGUGACGGCGUGCAGCGCGGCAACGGAGCUGCUGGAAGCGAGCGAGUGUGAACCCCCGCCUUACAAUGAGACGGGGGAGAAUCUGAUACCGAACGUGGACUUCACCGGCUUGGAAUGGUCGGGACACAUCAUUAAAAUGGAGACUUGCGAUCACGACGAGGUGGAAGAGGCUGUGGACGAUGGUGACUUGGUUUACAGAGAGCGCACGCUGCAAAUGGACCCAUCUAAUGGCCAAAGCUCCUCCUCUGCGGGCUUCAUCAUCAAGGACGUCACCUCGCUGCAGGACUCUGCCUGCCAGACGCUCACCAACCUCUCGGGCCGCUAUCCCCGUGCACGCCGAUCAGCCCCACCACGACGCCGCCCCAAAGCCACCAUCACCACCGCCACAACCACCACCACCGCCUCCUCCUCCGCCACCACCUCCUCCUCCUUUACCUCCUCCGCCCCAGCAUCAUCGUCAACGACAUCGGGACCCUUCUCUCCUCGCAGCAACACCGCUCUGCGUCCGAUCGCCAAACGUUGCGCGCCCGUGCCAACGCACGCAUCAACGUCAGCGCCAGCUGCCACAAACUACCGGACGCCCGUGGCCUCUGUGCCCAAGUACAGGCCCAUCAGGCCCAGGCCGAUGGAUCCGUCGAGGGAACGUUCGCGCCCAUUUGACGCUGCUGCUGCCGCCGCCGCUGCAGCCGCCACCAUCGCUAACGUCGCAGCCGGCCCAGCCCUCGCAGAGCAAGGCUCGCACCGCUACCAGGCGGUCGCCGCUAACUGCCAGAGCGCUGCGGGGACCCGGGCACCCCUGAACCUCCGCGCAUUCCUGCAGAGGCGCGCGCCACACCUCUUUGAAGCGUGCCAGAGCACAGGCAUGUUAUCGCAGUCCUCGAGGAAGGAAUUGGUCAAAUUGGCCGUUUCCCACCUGGUCGAACGGCACGGCUUCUACCCAAGUUCCGUGGAGAAGACGAGCAUCUCCCAGGAAAUAAUCGACAUCUUCCCGUCCCAGAGACUGGACAUCGGGGACUCGAGUGUCACUGGCCAUGAACAUUUUUACGACCCUCAGGGCCACACGGGAUUUGUAGAAGUCCGUCUGCGGAAUCUGCGGCGCAAGCUGAACGCCGACCAGAAAAAAUUCUCGAAAAGGCACAAGCGGAAACUGGAGGAGGGCGGGUGCGGCAUGGCGGCGGCGAUGGCCGUCAAGCGGAGCCGGACACUGCUGCUGGACCCGAGCGACGCCACGAGUGACCCAGAGCAAAUCCCGCGAGAUUUCCAGCGCCUGGUGGCCAUUCCCGGUCUGCUCGAUGCGGAGUUCGACAAAAUCUCAUACGGGAAGGGACGCAACUUUGUGGAGCGGUGGGAGCACACGUACGUGCCUAAGCUGCGCCGGCUCGCCGUUCACGAGUCCGAGGACGUGAAGAUCCUUCUCCGGGAUGUGGAGGUGGCAGCUACCCCCGAUGAAGUCUGCUUCACGAUGCUCAAAAUCUUGACACACCUGCUCCCCCCGACGAUGGCCGGCCCAGCCAAGGGCUCCAAGUGCAGCAUCAAAUGUGCGCUUCCUUACCUCGUCGACUUUGCUCCGGUGGGCACGAGCGCCAGUGCGCUGCUCGACGACGCUGCCAUCUUUCCUCCGCGGACUCAGCCCUACCUCGUCGGCCUUGGAAUCGGAGCGGUGGCGCCGGCGGUGGGAUCGGGGCGUCCGAGCUACGCGAUCGUGGCACGCGGCGCCGGCGUAGCGCUGACGCUGCGGCAGUCGACACUGGUUGGAGCGCUGGAUCAGCUCUUCAAGCUGCUCUGGGUGUGCGGGGUGCAGUAUCCGGCGCAGGUGGCACCCGUCUAUGGCUUCCUCGAGCACGUGUACGGCAUGCCGGCACCACGAGCACUCUGCAGGAGGAGCAAGGUGCUGGAGCUCGUCGGAAAGCUACAGCUCAUGUGAGCCUGAGGCGGAGCGAUCGGCAAAGUGCGAACAGACGUACAGCGGUGGCCCGUGUCCAAAGGAAUCCUUUGCAUCGUUGUGCAGGAAUGGACCCUCCGAUGGUGGAUGAUACAAACACAGCAGUGCCCUGUAUCGGUGUCUAGGAAUGGCAUGGCCCUCCAGUAGUGCCCGCUACACACAUCAGUCGUCUGUAUCAAUGUCCAGGAAUGUAUCAGCCUCCAGUGAUGUCCGCAACACACUAAAAUAUCCUGUAUCAAUGUCGAGUAAUGUUUGGACCUCCAGUGAUGCCCACUCCGCAAUGUUUCCUGUAUCAGUGUCCAGGAAUGUGUGAACCUCCAGUGAUGUACACUACACACAGCAGUCCCCCUGUGACAGUGUCCCAGAAUGUGGACCUCCAAUCGCAUCCACUCCACACAACAGCGUCCUACAUCAAUGUUCAGGAGCAUAUGGACUUCCAGUGAUGUAUACGACAUGUACUCUCCAGAAAUGUAAAGACUUCCAGUAGUGUCCACUACAAACAUCAGUAUCCUCUAUCAAUGUUCGGGAAUGUAUGGAUCCCCAGUGACAUACAACAUGCAGUAUUCCCCCAAAUUAGCAUCUAGUAAUGCAUGGACUUCCAGUGGUGGUCACUAUAUAUACACACACACACAAAGUCCUCCGAGUAGUCAGAUGUGGACAGAACUUCAUUGCUUUUAUAUCAGUGUCGAGGAACGGAUGGAACUUCCUACGAACACUAUGUAUGUGUAAUGGUAUCAAUGUGCACAUGAAACAUGGAAGGUGAACCUAUAACCCUAUCUUCUAUAAAAAUGUCUUAUUAAUAGAGCGCGGUGUAGAACUGGUGUAGAACUCGUGCAGCGAGUCGCUCGUGCAAGUCUAGAGCGCACGGCCCAAAGCCCAAGUGUCGCCCAAAUGCUCUUUCAUGCAGAUAUAUCUACAGCCAUCUCUUGAAGACUGUAGGCGAUCGCUCAUUGCGUAUUACCGCAGGAAGCUUACUCCACAGACGCAGAGCGAAGACGGUGAAGCGACAUUCGGCGAGCUCGGUCGUGAAUGGACUCCUGGUGGUAGAUCCUUUGCAGCUCCUGCCACAUUUUAUGAUGCAAGAAUACAUGAUGCUGCCGUGAUGGGAAGGGUUUGCAAAUUGAACUUGUAAUCUAGAGGUUGUGGGUUGGGUUUGUUGUAAUAUCCCAGCGUGGCAGGUAAAAUAGCAAGUUUUUUUAAAUCUCAAAAUCACCGCAGUAAGGCGACUGGAAGCUCGCAUGUGGCGUGGUAAGGUGCGGGAGCUCCCACCUCUUCCAAGGAAUCUGGCCAGGGUGAAAGCGGAGCAAAUGCCCUCUAGAGCAGUGAUUCUCAACCGGGUGUACGCCCCCCCCCCCGGGGGUGUACGUGGCAAUGUCACAGGUGAGGUGUUUAUAACUGCCUGAAAUUAUAUCAUACAUGCGAGUCAUUGGUGAAUAAUAAUUUGUGAAUCUGCCAAGAUAAAAUAAAUCCAUAUGAUAACCUGGAAUGAUAUAAAAGACCUUGCUAGACUCAUUGAUCGUAAACAAUGUGGGGUUUCAAAGGGUAACCCGCGAGCGCGAACAAAUGGCGUCAUUCAUGCAGAGGGUCCGGUGAUUUUUUUUGUUUUCGCUUGCAGUUACUAGCUAGUUGGGAUAACUCACAAAAUUGACAAUUGGUGAAAAUGUUCGUGUUCAUUAUUCAUACAUUUCUCAACCAUGUUGGGCCAGGAAAGUUGGGGUUACUCGGUUGAAACAAAAUUCAACAGGGGGGGGGGGUAACAGUAGCCAAAAAAGUUUGCGAACCACUGCUCAAGAGGGACUCUAAGAGCUCCCUCUAAUGGAGGUCCUGCCAGCAGUGAUGUGAGCAAGCAAUUGCAGGACUGCGCCUUUACCUUAUCUUUUACAUUACUCUGUUACCAGGCACUCCCUUACUGUUGAUUUGGUUGUAUAUCUGGAAUGGAUGUCAAUAUAUUUACGACGACGUGCAUCGUUAUUAUCCAACACUUGUUGCGGUGUACUUUAUGCAUAGCCAAGUGAGGAAAAUCUCUCACGGGAGACAUUCCAAACUCUCACGUAUACUGAUGGUUUUAUGGUAUAUUUGUGUAUUUUGUAUUGUUUGCCGUUUUAUUCCUGUGUCAUGUACAUGCACAAUUAAUUAUUUGCAUACAUGAGGCAUCAUAUUACAGGUUGCAUAUUGGUACCGUUAUCCGGAGGCACCCGGUUUGAUUCCAGGGCAAGGGUGGUAUAAACUCUCGAGCGCGAGUUUGUUACGGACAAACACUUCUAAGUGCUGUACGCUCGUUACGUCUGUAUUGACGGACUGCCUGCGAGGGGCAGCAGUGUAACACGUGGGUAUGUCCACCGCACGAUAUACUCCAACCCCUGUAAUCAGUGUGGUGGAUAAGACACGUGACAGUGGAGAUUUACAAAACUGCUGUGCAUCUCACUGGACCCUUUAAACAUUGGGAAGACUGAGAUUAUAUAAGCAUUAUUUAACUAACAUCGUCGUCAUCUUCCUUCUGGGAAGGGUAAAAUGUGCACCAUUUGGUGCAGCAAAAUCAAUAGGGUGGGGGGGGGGGUUGUGUUUUCAUUAAGGAUUGUUCCUGGGAGAAAAAUGUGGAAUUUCCAACCUUCGCUGCAGAAAUCGAAAGCUGUUGAUUGGCCCUCACUGAAGGAAAGUGGGAAUUCCACCACUGGCGAAAGACCAGCACUAAUUCUAAAAGCAUAUGUAAAUAUAGGGAUACUUAGACUUUUAACAGGUGUUGUAUUGAUUAACAUUCAGUUACACUUCAAAAUGUAAAAGUACCUGAUGCAGUAUGUACUCUUCAUAUAAAUUGUCUAAAUAAGUUCAUUCUGGUAAUUCUGUAAUCCUGGGUUUUGUUACUGGCGACAUCGAGGGUCAGAUGAGGCCCACGAUGGUUCUUGAAAGUGACCCAAGCUAUUGAGUGGUCAGAGAUAUGGUCACGGAGACAAUGUAGAUUAUAGUCUUGGUUCUUUCGGUAAAGUCAUGUAGAUAGAAAAUAAAAAAAAUGUUUAAUAAAAAAUAAAAGCUGGCGGAUGAAGACCGCUUGUGUUGUGAUCGAAACGUCGUGGGUUUUUUUUGCUUUUAUUUUUAACUUAAUUUAAUCUUCAUUUUCUGUCUACGUGACUUUACCGAAAGAACCAAGAAUAAGAAUUCCUGCAGUCAUGAAAGAGUGAAAAUUUUAAAUGUAGAUUAGUGAACUGAAACUGAUUUAAAUUAGAUAUAGAUGACAGUGCUGCAGAUAAAAACAACAAUUUGUAAGUUGAAAGAUAAAUGAGACCUACUAACAUAAGGUACACAUUCGUGCUCAGGUGUAAUGUCACGUGGCGUCAUAACAUCUGGAUGUCAUAGGCUUUUAAUAGCUGUCCUAGGUAUACAUAUUCUGAUGCGUUUUCCAGUUGUCCUUCCAAUAUAUGAAGUGUUUUUAUUAACCUUGUCUAAUGACCUUAUUUGUUCUCAUUCAACCCAAACACAAGAUUUCAGACUCUUUAUUAAAUCAUAACUUUUCCCCGCAGGUCAUUUCCAUCUGACAACGGUCAUAUUUUCUGUCAUCAGCAAAUAUGAGAUGCUUAUGUUUCUCCAUGAAUAUGUAUGCCUUUUUCUCGAAUACAGUCACCAGAACAUUAUUUAUUCAGUCGAUGUUUAUUACUUCCGUGAAAAGGUAUCACCUAGAUUUACUUUUGACACUACGCAAAAAGAUAGUAAUUUGUGCAUAGUGCAAAUAUAUAAUAAAAACUGCUUCAGACUUUCCACGGAAAACACCGCUCAAUAUUAAUUAGAAAUAUAAUUCUGAACAACACUUAAAGGCAUAUCCAUCACACCGUUCAGUGAAGACCCUCGAAUACAGAAUGACGUAGGAGGAAGCUAUCGGCAGAUCCUGUUAUCCACACACAGCGCUUCAGUUCGUGCAAGCAACGAAGC